ACGCGCGAAGCGUGGCGUAGUGAAAAAAAAGUAAACAAAGUAUCAUCGUAAGUGCUUUUCAUGAAUUUUCUUGAUUUUAUUUAGCCUUUCCUUAGUUCUCUUGAUAAUUGAGUUAUUUUGCAAUUAAUUACAUAAUGGAUGGAGUAGGAGCACCCGAAAUAAUCAUGAGAAAUAGAGUCAAUGGAACGUUUCUCAGUCAAAAUGUUGGCAAGCCGAUCUCGAUCAUCGGAAGCAUAUUGAAGAUGAAUCCCAGCAACAAUGGCUUUGACAUUCAAACAACUGACAAUCAUGUUGUUUCUGUAAGUUGUAAAGAAAUGAUCUCCGAGUGCCUGGAUGGUCUAGUUGAAGUUAGAGGCAUCGCUGAAGGGAAGAAUUCUGUUACCUGUGAUUAUUACAUCCUAUUUCCUCGUGAAUUGGCCAGCACGUUUGACACAGAGAAAGACAAUGAAGCUGUGAUGAUCGUUAACUCCAUUCCAAAUGCAUUUAAAGCUUAGGGAUUGCUGCCUUUGGUCCUGGAAGAUUCAAACAUGAUCCUCCGAAACCUCACCAGUAUCGAAUUCAAGGUAGAGGACCUAUCAGAAUACAAUGCCAUUCGCAAGUCAACAGAGGCUCUGAAAGAUCAGAAAGGAAGACCUACAGGCUCUGUUCAGAAACCGAAACAACAGGAAGUACAAGUCAGAAUCGGCUACAACCCUCAUCACCGUAAAAUGAUGUGAUUUGUCUUCGACUCAACACUCAAAAGUUCCUUCCUCAUUUUUAUCCGUGAUUUCAUCGAGACUUUCCAGAAAUUUUCCUCCCCCCUAGAGAAACUCAUUUCAAUGGCGCCUCGCAGUGUUUUUCUACUUUAUAAUGGAGUUGUUUCUACAUCUCUUUGUCUUUUAAUCCUCAAACAGAACCUCAACUUUACCCACUGAUAAUUCAAAAAUUGAAUCAUAAUUAGCACUUCAAUGUUCCUGUACCAUCUUACUAUUUAGUUGAUCAUGCUUCCUCUGUCAAGGAACAUGAAACCAAGCAUUCAUCUUGCUAAAAAUAUUGUGGAAUUUUUAUUUCAUUCUUACUUUUAAAAUUCCUGAUUAGCAAUGUAUUACUUUCUUUGUAUCAAACAGCGUCCAAAAUAUUUCAUACUGAAUUUAAUAAAACCUACUUUAUUUUGUUAAA